ACAUUCUGAAUUUAUACGUACAAUCGAGAAUUGUAGAAAACACCCCACCAUCUCGUUCCCAUUUCGGGCAACGACGAGCGAAUGGCAUCUUCAUGCCUCGCUUCCAUAAUCUCUCCGAAGAUUCCUUCUUCCUCUUCACCAAAAACCCUAAUUCUAAUCUCCAGCGAUGGCAGAAGAUCGAGGUCUCGGGGAUUUCUCAGAGCAGGGCGGGGGGUUUCGCCUUCUUCGCCUCGGAUUCGGCCGAUUUGUUGCUCGUCAGGAGAUGAGCCUUACUCGGCUGGAGAUAAUGGGUCCGGUUUUUGUAUUAUAGAAGGCCCGGAGACAGUCCAGGAUUUUAUGCAGAUGCAGCUGCAAGAAAUUCAAGACAAUAUAAGAAGUCGACGCAACAAAAUAUUCCUCCUCAUGGAAGAGGUGAGGAGAUUGCGGGUGCAACAACGCAUAAAAAGUGCCGAAUAUAUUGAUGAGAACGGCGAGGAAAAUGAGAUGCCUGACAUGCCAUCAACUAUUCCAUUCAUCCCCACAAUGACACCAAAAACCUUGAAGCAACUCUACCUGACAUCAUUCUCUUUUGUAUCUGGGAUAAUAGUUUUCGGAGGCCUCCUUGCACCAGUUCUGGAGCUGAAGUUAGGCUUGGGCGGUACUUCCUAUGAAGAUUUUAUUCGUAACAUGCAUUUGCCGCUGCAAUUAAGUCAGGUGGAUCCCAUUGUGGCCUCUUUUUCAGGUGGGGCAGUGGGUGUGAUAUCAGCCUUGAUGUUAGUUGAGGCCAACAAUGUCGAGCAACAAGAAAAAAAGAGAUGCAAGUACUGCCAUGGUACAGGAUAUCUAGCCUGUGCUCGAUGCUCUGCAAGUGGUGUGUUAGUGAGCACAGAACCAGUUUCGAUAAAUGGAAGCUGUGAGCAACCUUUGCGAGCCCCUUCAACUCAGAGGUGCCAAAAUUGCUCAGGGGCCGGAAAGGUCAUGUGCCCAACAUGCCUUUGCACGGGAAUGGUAAUGGCCAGUGAACACGAUCCAAGAAUAGAUCCAUUUGAUUAGACAAGGAUGGGUGGAGUUCGGGUGAUCCUGCUGGUUUUUCCUCGUGUUUCUAGGUUUUUUUUAUCAACCUUCAUAGCUUCUACGAGUUCAUGUAGUGUAGAUUAAGCAUCAUUGUUGAAAUGUCGCUUUUUGUCAGCGGCGGCAAAGUUUGCCUCUCAUGGAGGUGCGUAGGUAUGAGGUUGUCUGUUGAUUAUUCUGUUAAGAGAAUAGAGAGCAAAUGUAUGGAAUGCUUGGUUAUUCAAAGAGUGUAUAACGCUGAACUACGGUGCUGUAUUCAACGAUGUUCUGUAUUCGCUCUUCUCCCCGUUCACCUGAAUAAAAUCAAGGUGACAAGAUUACAUUGUUUA